AUGGAAGUUAUAGACAACAAAGAGAAGAAUGAGGAAACUAGUCUCUAUUCGGAAGAAACCUUUUCACCAGAUAUUGCUAACCAUAGAUAUUCACGCCGUAACGUCAGACGCCAAGCUCCCAACACGUAUCCAGCUUUGGGUGGCAUUGGCCGAAGGGGAGCUGUUGUGGACGUUGAGGCAAUUAUGGAACUUCUAGCCAACAAUCCCCAGAAGAAAAAUUGGCGUGGUAUCGUACUUGCACUGCUUGUAAUUGCGGUCAUCUCAUCGUUGAUCAUCACAGCCAGCAUUCUCACUACUCCAAAAGAACAUAUUUUGGACCUGGGAGAAACGUUUACGUUUGAUGAUUUGAUGCAUUUGAACAAAUGGCUACGAACGUUGAGUUACAAACUGAAAGGUGAUCAACUUGUAUAUCUCUCAGCUGACCACGACCUGGUUCAUAUCAACUUAUCCACCAUGAAGGAAAGAAUCCUUUUGUCUCACAUGAUCAUAAACGAGAAACUUCGAUUUACUGGAUCCUUUUCCAUCACACCAGAUCUAACAGCGGUGCUUCUUCAAUACGAAGGCAAACAGGAAAACCGGUACAGUCAAGCAUCCAAAUACGAUGCCGUCCUUCUAUCAGAGUGA